AUGGAUUCACAAGACAAUAAUGGCGCACAAACCCAAACACAUCAUCAUGAUCAAUCCAAUCUUGAAGAUGGUCGACACACCACCACCAAUGUCGACAAUAGCCCCUUUAUCAUCACCUCCCCGGACGAUAUCCAAGAACUUCAUAACAAAUACGCUCCAUACGCACGUCAUGAUAUGUAUGGAACAAUGGGACGUGGAAAACUACCUUGGACACAAAAAAUUCGGCUUGCAAUUGCAGUCAUUGUAUUGUUUCCGUUGCGUGUGGUUGUGGGCACAUUGGUUGUUGUGUUGUAUUAUUUGAUAUGUAAGGCUUGUACUCUUUUUAAGGUUCCUAAUAGAGAGGAAGAUAAUGAUCAGGAAGAUUAUGCUCAUAUGGGUGGUUUUAGGAGAAAAAUUAUUUGUUGGUUUGGGAGACUUCUUUCUAGAGCAUUGCUUUUUGUUUUUGGGUUUUAUUGGAUUAAAGAGAGCAUUAGGAAUCCGGAUAUUGAUAACAAAUUCGACAAUGAGAUGGAUGCGAAUGGAGAAUCUAAAGUAACUGAAAGACCUGGAGUAAUUAUAUCAAAUCAUGUUUCGCAUUUGGAUAUUUUGUACCAUAUGUCUUCUUCAUUUCCAAGCUUCGUUGCCAAGAAAUCAGUGAGCGAACUUCCUCUUAUUGGCCUUAUCAGCAAGUGCCUUGGCUGUAUUUUUGUUCAGCGGGAGCCAAAAUCAUCAGAUUUCAAGGGUGUUUCAGGUGUCGUGAAUGACAGAAUAAACGAAUCUCUUCAGGAUAAGUCUGCACCUAUGGUGAUGCUUUUUCCAGAAGGAACAACUACAAAUGGAGACUAUAUACUUCCAUUUAAAACGGGGGCCUUUUUGUCUAAGGCCCCUGUUCUCCCUGUUAUCUUGAGAUACCCAUAUCAGAAGUUUAGCCCAGCGUGGGAUACCAUAACUGGGACACGCCAUGUGAUCUUGCUGUUGUGUCAAUUUGUAAAUUAUAUUACAGUAACAAGGUUACCGCUCUAUCACCCUUCACAAGAAGAGAAAGAAAAUCCAAAAUUAUAUGCGGAAAAUGUAAGGAGAUUGAUGGCUCGUGAGGGGAACGUAAAGAUGUCAGAUAUUGGAUUGGCAGAGAAGCGAGUAUAUCACACAGCUGUCCACGGUGAGCCUACUGUUUUUCAUGCUAAAGUAAAUCUGUUUAGUAGGUUUUUCAUUGGUAGCUUCCCUAUAUGA